UCCUAAUUGUUGGGGGCUUUAAAAAUUCAGCAAAAUUCCCCGAGGGUUCAAAUGAAAAACAAACGGUUUUACUUCUAAAUGGAGAACACGGGAAUUCUGAAGGAGUGGUUUGAUCGAGUGGAUUCAGAGAAGUCUGGAAGUAUCACAGCUCCUCAGCUUCAGAAUGCUCUGGCUGUUGGAAACCUCAACUUUCCCCACUCAAUUGUGCAGCAAAUGAUCAGAAUGUAUGAUUUUGAUAGAAAUGGAACUAUGAGCUUCGAAGAGUUUGUAGCUCUCAACAAGUUCCUCCUUAAGCUUCAGCAAGCCUUCUCUGACUUGGAAAGAGGUCGUGGUUAUCUAGUCCCAGAUGAUGUAUACGAGGCUUUGGUUAAAAUUGGCUUCACGCUGGACUCUCCAGCCUUUUAUACUGUCUGCGAGAGCUUUGAUCAAAAGAAAAAUGGGAGAUUUCGGCUAGACGACUUCAUAUCUCUCUGUAUAUUUGUUCAAUCAGCUGGGAAUAUGUUUAAUUCGUUCGAUACAGCAAAACAAGGCAGGGUGACUCUAGAUCUCAAUCAAUUUGUCUAUUGCAGUGAGUAUCUGACUGCUAAUUGCAGAAUAUGAAAGUGUAAAUAUUUGACGAAGAGGGGAGCAUACCGUAAAAACUAUUUGUGCAACCUUUGGAUCUAGAAUGGUGGUAUAUCAACUGUGAACUUAUUUUUCAGUACAUAUGUAUCAUUGUUUGUUUAUCCGUUGGUUUAGAUCAUUGUCUUUGAUGCUGGAAAAGGCUCAUGUGAUUAGAGUACCAGUAAUUCAUUUCUAUACCUCUUCUGUAUGGCUGCCCUUGCACUUCUUGUAGUCGUUUGUUUAUCAAUUAUUAUUUUUUAAGAUCUCAUUUGUUAACCAUUUUGUAUUUGAA